GAAGACCGGAGGAGCACGAUAAAAGCUGAGAAAUGACUGCGCCAAAAAGGGCGAAUAAAGAUGGAUUUUUAAACAGACGGGUCAACAUCAUGUACCGUUUAGUCCAGUGUUUUCAAACAGGCUCGAGCGUGUGCAGCAACACAUGAAAAACCUCCCCGAUAUAGUGUGAGUAGGAACUUGUGGGCAGAGCGCCAUGUCGUCUCCUGGAAUGGGCACGCCGAGCGACCCCCUGUUGUCCAGUCCUGUAGGGGGGAAAUUCGGGACCGCCCAGGAUGCCACUUGGAGGCCGACUCUGUCCAAGACGUCCAGUUUCCCAACGUCCACCACACAGCACCUCAGUCACAGAGCAAACAACUUUCAAAGGCACCCAAAGCGACGGAAACUGAUCAGACCAUCUCCACCUCCACCGCCGAACACUCCGUGUCCUCUGGAACAGCUGGAUCUGAGCGAGCUUCCUCCAAGACGCACUUUCUCUGAGCUUCUUUUCAACGGCUGCAUUUUGUUUGGUAUUGAGUUCAGUUACGCAAUGGAAACGGCGUAUGUCACUCCUGUGCUUCUGCAAAUGGGGCUGCCUGACCAGUUCUACAGUCUUGUAUGGUUCAUCAGUCCCAUUUUAGGAUUCCUACUACAACCAAUCCUUGGGGCGUGGAGUGACAGAUGUACCUCUCGCUUUGGCCGCAGGAGACCGUUUAUUUUUGCUUUGGCGAUAGGGGCUCUGCUGGGUCUAACGCUUGUACUGAAUGGAAGGGACAUUGGAUCAGCAGUGGCAGACACUGCUGUCGAUCACAAGUGGGGCAUCGUGCUGACAAUAUGCGGUGUGGUUCUGAUGGACUUCAGUGCGGACUCCGCUGAUAACCCCAGUCAUGCGUACAUGAUGGAUGUGUGUAGCCCAGAGGACCAAGACCGAGGCCUAAAUAUACAUGCUCUUCUAGCAGGUCUUGGAGGUGGUUUUGGCUACAUUGUGGGUGGAAUCAACUGGGACCAAACUGAGUUUGGAAAAUCAAUGGGUGGCCAGCUCCGGGUCAUAUAUCUGUUCACCAGCAUCACUCUUGCCACCGCCACAGCCAUGACUCUCACAAGUAUACCUGAGCGACUUUUGCCCCAGUCCCAGCCUCAAUCGAGAAGCAACCGAAGCCUCAAGAGCCCCAAUCUUCCGCUACCGGCCUCCCCACCUCCUCCACCUGGAGCAGCUGCAGAACAAGAUGACGCAGAUGAUGAGAAAGCGCUAUACAGUUGCCAGUUCUCCAACUGCCGCUACCAGGAUCCAUUGGGUCGAUCGAACAGUGCCAACGCAAGACUCUAUGCAGGCCUUACCAGUCCCAUAACGCCUCUGAGUCCUUUGACGCCCAAAUACGGCACCUUUAUCAGUCGUGAUAACUCACUCACGGGCAUCAACGAGUUUGCUUCCGCCUUAGGCACCUCCUACAUAGACAGAGUGUUGAUUGAAUGCUACACUGGACAGCAGACUUCUCAGCCACUAGAGCCAGAGGCGAUAGCCCCACCUCUGCCGCCAGUUGACGUGCCCCCUCCUCAAGGGCAUCGACCAAUUGAAUCACUUGAGGUUGUACAGCAAAACAAACUCUCACAGCCUAAUGGAGAGUUGUUAGGAACUGAAGAGUUGCAAGCUAAUGAGCGAAAGCAAACCAUUGAACCUCCACACCAGCCUAACGAGGUUGCCUCGGGGUCACAGCGAGACACCUCAGGGAUACUGAAGCGCCCCCAGAGUCUGGCCUUAAUGGAAGACCCGCUAAUUGCCUCAAGCUGUGGGUUGGAGAACGGUCGGAGACGCACUGUCACCUUCAGUCAACAGGUGGCGAAUAUAUUGCUGAAUGGAAUGCGCUAUGACAGUGACCUCAGUGGCAACAGUGAAACUGUAGACACUCAAAUGUCAAUGAUGCUGCUCUGUACCGCCAUCUGCAGGAUGCCUCCGUGUUUACGAAGUCUGUGCACCAACCAUUUCCUGGGUUGGUUAUCAUUUGAAGGGAUGCUGCUCUUCUACACUGACUUUAUGGGGGAGGUGGUGUUUGGGGGAGACCCAAAAGCCCCCCAUGAUUCUGAGGCGUACCAACUCUACAAUGCUGGCGUCAAUAUGGGCUGCUGGGGGAUGUGCAUCUAUGCAUUCAGUGCUGCUUUUUAUUCAGCCAUUCUUGAGAAACUGGAGGAGCGGUUCUCUUUGCGUUCUCUGUAUUUUUUUGCGUACUUGGCCUUUGGUUUGGGCACAGGACUUGCCACGCUCUCCACCAACCUAUAUGUGGUGCUGUCGCUUUGCGUCACCUACGGAGUGCUCUUCUCUUCUCUCUGCACGCUGCCUUACUCGCUGCUCUGUGAGUACUACCAGAGCCCUCAGUUCUGUGGCUCAUCAGAGGAUGGGACCAGGCGUGGUAUGGGGGUGGACAUCUCUCUGCUUAGCUGCCAGUACUUCCUGGCACAGAUCAUCGUUUCUGUGGCGAUGGGCCCACUGACAACGCUGGUGGGUGGGGCCCAGGGCGUGAUGUACUUUUCAAGUCUGAUGUCAUUUGUGGGCUGCCUGUACUCCUCACUUUGUGUGGAGUACCAGCUGCCACCACCCGAGGGCAGAGCGGACGUAGAGGCUGGGGUGUGAGUGACCGCAAUAUGGAAAACAGACGCCCAGUGCGGAAGAACACGCCAAAUGUAUUGUUUGGCGACAAGCGACAAAUCUGGACAACAAAAAUGGACUCUCCACCAGAGCGCUCUCAGAAUCGUGUGCCUGUAUUGCUAAGCAUAUUUUUGUUUUGUAUAUCUGCAUACCUCUAUGGGGUGACGUUUUAAGCUUUGCAAUACAUGCAGCACAAACAUCACACUUUUAAAAACGUAUGUUCAGCAGGUAGCGGGCUCUAAGGAAUAAAGGACUGAAUCAAAUUACUUUUCCUGUUUAAUCUACAUAAGCAUGUACAGAUAUGGUAAAAUAAUGUAAAUAAGUGGCAUUGUACAUGCUCUAAGAAUUAAAUAAUUGUCACAGGACGGUUUUGUGGGUUCUGAUUUUACCAAGACCAAAGUGAGGCUGGUGGUGCCAACCCUUAUUUGGUACAAACAGCAACCUUGCCACCAGGGGGUGUAGUAACAUUGCAAAUUGAUGCCAAAUUCGAUUCUGAGAAAAGCUACUUUUAGUUGUAACCUAAAAAGACUCCAGGUUAGGUCACUCC